AUGACUCUCGUACAUAUCGUGUUGUUCAAGUUCCGAGCGGAUGUGGCGAAGGAGAUCAGAGAUAGAUUUCUCUUGGAGAUUAAAACACUCAAGUCAUUAAAGUGUGUGAAAGGCCAGCGGCUUAUUGUUGGAGGUCCUUCGAUUACCGAACCGGCCGAAAAAAGCAAAGGGUUUCAGUACGGUCUUGUGAGUUACCAUGAAGACCGGGCAGCGCUGGAUGCAUACCAAGCAAGCCACGAACAUGAAAGCGUAACCACUACAUAUUUCAUUCCAUAUAAAGAAGAUCUGGUUCGAUUUGACUUUGAGGUUGAGGAAGCGGAUGAGUCGCUGCUUGGGUUUGGAGGACUUUUCUAA